GAACGUCUGCAGGGUUUCACUAUUGAAGCCUUUGACCCGUAUGGAAAUCAAGUGUUCCAAUACACUGAUACUCAACCAAGUCCCCAACAAGUUUAUUAUGUGAUGUCUUCAUCCAUCAAGCAAAUGGUCAGCCAGGUAAAAAUAUCAUUGCCUCAGACAUAUGGAGAUGGAUACAUCACCCUUAGUGAAGUGGAAAUAUAUGGAGGUAGGCUUAUAUGUUAUGAUAGUUCACACUUUGAGAAAGUGGAUAUAAAGGGAGUAGGCUUGUAUUCAGAAUAUUUGAGUACAUUGGAUGAUUCUCUUUGCGGUAACCGUUUAACCUGUAGCUGAUGGAAAAUAACCUAUUUUGGUUAAUAAUAUAGAUCCAGAGAACUUUGUCACGUAGAUGGAAAUACAUGAUAACAUGAUGUGCAAAAGAGGCCUAGUGAAUAGAUUACGAAGAUCAUUAGAUUAUGUAUAUAAAAUUAGAACUCAAAAUGUCUUUAAUAAGAGCGCCAUUGAUUCGUAAGCUCUUGUUCAUCUCAUAAAAGAAAGGUGGUAAAUACGCUUGGUGAAAAAUAAUGACAUAAUUUAAAUAGGUAAAAAAGAAAUAAAGGCAUUGACAAAUAGGCAAGAAUUAUUGACAACCCUAGUGUUAACUUAAGUCACCAGUUUGUCAAAAUCAAAAUUAAAAGCUAUAUCAUUACUCUAGGUAACCUAAUGUAGGCCUACUGCGUUAAAAUCAACAAAUACUUAUUAAUAAACGUAAACUUUAUUAAGAGAGAAAAACACACAAAAGUCUAUCCUGAGAAUAAAAUUGAUUUUUUUUCAAAUUCAAUUAUUUAAAAAAUUGAUAUUUCUUUAUUUCUUUGUGUACGUACUUUCAACACUGUUGUCUUCAAGUGAUAAAAAUACCUAUUUUUUAUAUUAACUAAUCAUCUUAAAAAUAACAGAUUCGGCCUGUCAUCGUGAUUAUUAUGGACCACGGUGUGAGGAUCAGUGCAACUGUGCUGUUAAGAGUGAACAAUGUUUUGUCAGUAGUGGA